GUUGACCCAUUUCUUAGAGGAUAUGUAAUAAAUGAAGAAAUAACAAACUUUUUGAGCUGCUUAUCAGGAGGGAAGGAUGCAGGCUGUAGGAAAAAAAAAGAAAAGUUGUCUCCUUGCCUCUUUCAUGCUAAUUAAUGCAUUCAGAAGCUGUACUGAGAGGAAUUUAAACUCGUGAUAGUCAUAAGAGAACAGAUCAAAGAAGUAAAAACCAGACCAAGUCAAGGAGAAGAAAGCUGCACAUGCCUUUCAGUUAACAGGCAGAAUACACGUCUGAAGGAGGCUUGAGCAGGACCAAGCUCACAACAUGCCCAGAAGAAACCACCAUACAGAUGGCAACUUUUUCAGAGGGAAAGGACGUGGCUAUCUUGCAGCAGAAGAAGCCCUGGGUAUUGGACUCUCCAUUUUGGUGCUGGCAAUUUUACUUAUCUUUGGCUGCUGGUAUUACAAAAGACGUAGUGGCUACAAAAGUCUACGGAGCAAAAGCUCUGGUGUGGGCACAAUACGAACUGUGGUAGGUGAAGGAACAACACUGGACUGCAAAAUGGCUCUGCAGGAGUACAGAAACUUGAAUUCUGUGGUACCUGAUGCUCCACCAGCUUAUGACAAAAUUACUGCAGAUCACUCACCUCCACCUUAUUCACCAUGAUAACAGGAGAUCUUAAACUCUAAACAUACUGAUUCAAUUUCUUCAUGCUCCCUCUUAGUUUUCUGCACACGCUUAACUUUCUUAAGGCUAAAAUAAUUUAAAAAAAUUCACAUGCUUUCACUAGCAGUUGCUGGAAUUUUUGCUUCUUAGUUUACAGAACUGGUUCUUGAAAAGCCUCAAUAAAUCUGAAUGUGCUGCUGGUUUAAGUUUUUCAUUUCCUGUCAUCAGAUAAUACACUGUACUUAAGUCUGGGGAUCUUGCAUCCUUCAUAGAUCUACCAAGAGUAAGUAUAUACCAUGGAGUAUCAACCAGAAUAGAAAGUGUUGGCACCUUUGUUUUCAUCUUCCUGCUUAUUCUCUAAACUAUUCCCUGGAACGUAAUGUACAAGAAUCUGUCAUAAAGUAGACAAAACCAUUUGAUUACAUGUCCUGUGACAAAGACCAACCAUUUUCCCUACCAGCAGUUCUUCCAUUAACUGGCAAAAAGUGACUGUGUUUUACAGCAGGCUUUUACCUCACAUCACUUGUUUAUGUACUUGUAAUGAAAUAAUUCCUCACAAAACAUGAUCCAGGCAAUCCAGAAAUUUCUAUUUAGAGUCCAUGUUAUGUUAUACCGGUCACUGGGUAUAGUGAUGAUGACCUUUAGUUUCCUUCUGGCAGUCUUGUAAGAAAGCAAAAGAACUUCUCAGAUGCAGAGCUUUAUGUGUCAUCUGUUUCUAAUGGGAUGAAACAAAUAUAAGAAAACGUGUGAAGCCCCUGUUCCUUGAAGAAUACAGGAGACAGCAGACUCCAAGAUAUACUUUCAGGUUGACAGAACACUAGCAGUAAUAGUAAACAAAUAAUUGUGAUACACACAAAUUAGGCUACGUACAUUUGGCAGCUAUUGUGUACUUAGCCUGUUUUGUUAUUGUUUACUUGUCAGAUUAUUACUUAAGAUUAUAUGCUGAUCAACACAUUUAUACACAAGACCUGGUAUCUCACAGCAGGAGGCAGCUAAAACUGAACAUUUGUUAAAAUGAAAAGUAGUUACAGAAGAAAACUAUUUUCAUAAAACAAUUAUCUGCUAUUAGUAAAAAAUCCAGUUGUCAUCAAAUAUGCAAACACAAACACUUUAAAACAAACAAAAAAAUUAAAUACAAGGGAGACUUACUUGCCUUACACAAACUCCAUGUAUGGUGAUAAAUAAUAAGACACAGGUUUUUGGAAAUGUUUCUUUUUUAAUGAAAGUGUUUCUAUAGAUUAGUAAUAUUAGAUACUUGUUAGACGGUAAUAAAUAGCUAAUUUCUGUGAAAGGUCAUAAUAAAUAUAUCUGGUUUUAUCAGUUUAGUUGCUAUUUGUAUUUAGAAAUUUGUAUUUAGAAAUAUGUGUCAUUUCCAACAUACACCUUUAAGGAAAAACUUCUGUGGACUUCUUUAGUGGCAAGAAGAAAAAUACACAGGAAAAUAUACAAAAUGCCAGCUUAUAACUAGUCAGCUUCAGAGAUGUAGAACACAAUGGCUGACUAUUUUUUUGCAGAUUUUGUAAGCUAAAGCUCGAGGCUAAUGAUGUUUAGCAACUGUGUACUCUGCAAUUCUAUCCUGGGGCAACAUCUUUUCAAAAGACUGCGUGGUGCUACAGUUGAAUCCAGCUGACAUACACAUUCAUGGCUGAGAAAAAAAGUAAUUUCUAUAAAAAUUAAUUACUAUAAAGAAGUGAAGUGCUUAGAGUUCAAAUAGUUUUACUUGAUCCCACACAUUUUUCAGUGUGGGAUCAAGUAUCAGCAUUAAGUAUGUUAUCAGCCAUUUCAGAAGCUCAUGAGGAAGUUAACACUGACCAAGUAGAAAUAUUAAUUUAGUUCCAGAACUAUAUAAGGCCAAAUUGUUAGAAUUGGUCAGCAGCCAGAGCUGAAACUGUUGAACUCUGACAUUAAUUUAUAGAUACUUAAAGGAAAGGUAAGCUCUCUUGGAAACCUAUCCUGGUUUCAGUCUUCCCAUUUUUCCUCCCUGUGAAAGCAGUAUUCUUUAUUUAUAGACACAGUUAGACAGUGGUCUCAGAUUUUAAUUUGCACAUAGAAAAAAGAGUAAGAAAUAGAGGUUCAUAGAAUUCUAUAUUUGAGAGGUGGAAGCUUCAUCAGUUACGCUAAACACCCUCACAGAUUCCAUUUUCCAAACCUAACUCUACGCCGAACGAGGGUGCACUGGAGAGGCUGACUGCUGAUCCAUUAAAAAACACUAACAGAGGACAAGUCAGAAUCUGAAAGCCAGAGACUUGUAGUUGCCAAAGAUGCAUGCUGCAAGAACAGGCUACAUUACAAUUACCUUCGGUAUUACACUCAAUCACACCGCAAUUCACUAAAGACAAGCUAAAACUUUCUAGGAUGUCUGUCCCUUUAAGAAGAAAGAGAAACUUUGCAACUACCACACAUGGCGAAUGUAGUAUAGAGUUCUCAAAUUUCCAGGAAAGGCUGUCCUAUUAGACAGUCAUAUGCCCCGAGAGUAACAAAUGGUCACCAAAAUUUAGAUUUAUAAUUUCUCUCGUGUGGUCAUGUAUGUAUAGAAAGAGUGUAAAAGUCAAAGAUCUCCUGCUCCUCCUUUUUUACCCGCUUUCCAACCAGGCUGCUAUAAGAUGCCUUGUAUUACAACUAUAAUUCUCAACAAACAUGGUAUUUGUGCUUUAUUUUCUUCCACCAAAUGAGAAAAUGAAGAAACCCAUGGGCAGUUUGAGUUCUCCUCAACUCAAGGAGAUUGAUUUAGGAGAUGGAAUGGUGAUGGGAUGCUGAAGAAGUGAGGUGGCUGGUCAUAGCUGGGAAUGAAGCUCUGCUUGCUACUGGUCUACAUUAAAUGGCUUCCAUCAGAAAAGUAGUCACAGUGUUAUCAAAGUUUAUCUGUACAACAGGAGCUUGUAUAUAACAACAUCUAUAGCUAUGCAUGCAACCAUCACAUAGAUACAAUGAACAACUUGGAAACAAGGCAUGUAUUUCAUUAAUACAGCGUGUUUUGGUCAAAUUGGUAAAUUACAAUGGCAGCAGGAGUUGCAUUGUCUGUUUUUGGAUUCCUGGUAUGAUCCUGCUGGAUCAUACCUGGAAUGAUGAUUAGAUGAUGAAUAGAUGAUCCAUCAUCUACUUCCUGAUGAGGUUACAAGUCCCAAUGUAGGUCUUAAAAGACUCCAGAAUAUUGGUCAGCCAUCCCAGCCAUUGCACAAAGAUAAAAUGCAGCUGGCGCUGAUGAGUGCAGUAUUUCUGGCAUUCUAAACCAUGUAGCAAAACACUCAUGGGGCCAAGAGCCAGAGGGUAUAUACUGCAUACAUCAGAGGGCUAUGGUAAAAAAAAGUACCAGUGACUUUCCGCAGGAAGCACUUGGUUUAUUGGAGUCUCACCAAUCCAGUGUAACAGGACUGGCAUAUGCAGCUGGUCGCCAAGACAAUCCAGUGACAUUGACCUCAGCAGUCUCUUGUGGUUUAAUACCUGCUGCAGUUGGGAAUGUAGAUACAUCAUCUUGGACUCAAAAAGUGUAUUAGUAUUAACCAUAUUGCUUGUAAUUUUUCAGUUAAAACAUUAUGAGUAUAUUUUGAUUCAUAUUUACGUCUAAUAUUGGUAAAAUAUCCAUUAUUUUGCCGGUGUAUGUCCAUGUACCUACAUGACUUAAGAAUAUUUUCUUGCCUUUAAAAGCAAGCUUAUUUUCACUUCUUACAUAAAGAAAGCGGUUAACGAAAUCCUCUGUGCUUUGGAGAAGUAGUGUUUUCUCGUGUACUUUUCUGCUGACUACAUAUUAAACUGUGCAACAAAACUGAAAGGCUGUUGUAUGUUCACGCCAUUUCAUUGAACAUAUUUUGUUGCCCAUUAAAUCUGAAAAGUGCUUGCAAGUCUCCAGCGUUGUCUUUUGGCCACAUACCAGCACUGAACUUUACAUACAGUAAUAAAGGUAAACUAGCAGCAGGGGAGAUUUUAAAAAUGUUUCUACAGCUACUAUUUACACAACCCAUCCAUGCUGACCGCUAAAAACCAGCCCUUGUGCACCUUGUGGAACUGACCCUCCGUAUUCUGUAUCCUUACUCAAUCCUUCAAUUUUCUCUUGAUUUCCUUUCCCCACAAAAUCCUUGGCUCAAGGGCAGGCUGGUUUCUAAUGAACAGAAAGAACUGUUAGUUCCCUUGCUCUUCAAGACGUUUUAUCCACAUAGGUUCUACUCUUGGGCCAAUAAAAAAGACCACAUUUUUGAGGGUAGCAGUGUUCAUAAAU